GAAGAAGGCGACGCCAGACUCUUACGUAAUCAAUCCGCGACCGUUGUUGUAACACACGAGGAUGUUCGACUCUACGUUAAAAUAGAGUAUUUCAGUGUUUUUUUUGGUCAAAGAAAGUACCCAGAAGUAGUUAUCUAGUCGGAGAUAAGGCGGUAAAUCAGACAUGGCUGACUUUUCGUCGCUGGGUCUGUCGGACUGGCUGGUUCAACAGUGUAAACAGCUCGGCAUCAACAAACCCACUCCAGUCCAGGAAAACUGCAUGCCAGCUAUCUUACGAGGUCAGGACUGUAUGGGCUGCGCUAAGACUGGGAGUGGGAAGACGGCAGCGUUUGUGCUCCCAGUGCUGCAGAAACUGUCAGAAGACCCUUAUGGCAUCUUCUGCCUGGUGCUCACUCCUACCAGGGAGCUGGCCUAUCAGAUUGCAGAGCAGUUUCGAGUUCUGGGGAAGCCUCUGGGUCUGAGAGACUGCAUCAUCGUCGGUGGAAUGGACAUGGUGAGCCAGGCUCUGGAGCUCUCCAACCAGCCACAUGUGGUCGUAGCGACGCCGGGCCGGCUGGCCGAUCACAUCCGCAGCUCCAACACCUUCAGCAUGAGCAAGAUCCAGUUUCUGAUUAUGGACGAGGCGGACCGGCUGUUGGAGCAGGGCUGCACUGACUUCACCAAAGACCUGGAGACCAUAAUGGGGAUUUUACCAGCUAAACGGCAGACGCUGCUGUUCAGCGCCACACUCACCGACACCCUGCAGGAGCUGAAGAACAUUGCCAUGAACAAACCUUUCUUCUGGGAGAACAAGUCAGAGACACGAACGGUGGAGGAGCUGGACCAGAGAUACAUCCUCACCCCAGAGAAGGUGAAGGACGCCUACCUGGUCCACCUGAUCCAGACGUUCACUGACGAGCAUGACGACUGGUCCAUGAUCAUCUUCACCAACACGUGCAAGAACUGCCAGAUUCUUACCAUGAUGCUGCAGGAAUUUAACUUUCCUACCAUCUCCCUGCACUCAAUGAUGAAACAGAGACAACGAUUUGCGAACCUCGCCAAGUUCAAGGCCAGCGUCUUCAAAAUCCUGAUUGCAACAGACGUGGCUGCCAGGGGUUUGGAUAUUCCAACAGUCCAGGUCGUCAUCAACCACAACACCCCCGGACUUCCUAAGAUCUACAUCCAUAGAGUCGGACGAACAGCAAGAGCAGGGAGGAAUGGCGUAUCCAUCACACUGGUGACACAGUACGACAUCCACCUGGUCCACUCCAUUGAAAAACAGACACAGACAAAGCUGAAGGAAUAUCCUGUGCAGGAGAAGGAAGUCCACAAGAUCCUCACCCAGGUCAACGUGACCAGACGAGAGUGUGAAAUAAGACUCGAGUCGACAGACUUUGAUGAGAAAAAGGAGAUCAACAAGAGGAAACAGCUGAUUCUGGAGGGGAAGGAUCCAGACCUGGAGGCUAAGAGGAAGGCCGAGCUGGAGAAGAUCAGGAGCCAGAAGAAAAAGUUCAAGCAGAAAAUCCAGGAGAGCAUUCAGAGACAGAAACAUGGACAGCUGAAAAAGAAACAGAUGAAGAGGAAACAGAUGAAGAAGAAAAAGGCAGCACAGGCUACAGCAUGAAAACUGCUGUGAACCAUGUAUAUACUAAACAUUUUAUUAUGUAUCAUAUCUGUAAAAUCUGAGCAGCUGCAAUAAAUUUGUGCUGAAUUUCAUACCAUAUAAACAAUUGCUCAAGUU